AUGAUGAAAUCAUCAUCCCUCCUACUCAUUGUCUUGUACUUCUUGGUUUUAACGUCAUCAACUAUGGUUGAUGCCCAUGCCAGAUGGAAAUAUCCAACUCCAAGAACAUCUGAUUCUGGUUUAAAGUCUUAUCCUUGUGGAGGUAUUGAAUUCUUCGGAAAUGGUCAAUCAAUAACAACUCUUCAACCAGGAAAACAAACUCUUCAAUUUGAAGAAACUAUUUCACAUACAGGAGCUCCCUUCAGAAUUGCUUUGAGUAUUGAUUCCGAUUCUAAUUAUGAUUCAUUUAUUCUCAUAGAUCACAUUCCACACAAUGAUGCAACUGAAUCCUCUUCACUCAAGAUUUAUCAAUACGAAGUAACAAUUCCAGACAUUGAUUGUCCAAAGUGUUCACUUGCUUUGACUAAUCCAAUGACUGAUAAGAUCGCUGCUGGAACUUGUUGUGCUUAUCCUAAAGCAUCUUCUUCAAGUCCUCAAUGUGGAAGUGUUUAUCACAGUUGUGCCAAUAUUGUUAUUAAGGGUAAAAUUCCAGUUGACCAAUUCAAAGCUAACUAUACUUAUACUGGUCCAUGUGGCGAUUAUCAAAGAGAAUCUGCUACCUGGGUAAGACAAUCUGAUUCUUCAUGGAAAUUGAGUGCAACUUUCACCAAUUUUUAUGUUCCACCAACUUCACAACAAUGUCCAAUUUUCAAUUCAACAUGUGCCACUGGAUCAAAGAGAACUUCCACCUCAACUGCCAACACUAAUAAUUCAUCAUCUUUGAGAGGAUUGCAUAAUGUAAUGCUUAUUGGAUUUGUGGUUGCAUUGAUUUCAGUAAUUGGAUUAUUUUAA